AUGAAUGACCUUUGUCUUCAAGUAAGUUCCAAAAAAUAGCAAGAAAUUUCUUUCCAAACAAAAAAAAUGGCAAGAACUUUCUUUACAAAACAUAAAAUGGCAAUAACUUUCUUUACAAAACAAAAAAUGGCAAGAACUUUCUUUACAAAUCAAAAAUGGCAAUAACUUUCUUUAAAAAAACUAAAAUUUAAAAAAAUCUAAAAUUUUUAUUUCUUUGCACGGUGCAUCAACUUUUACGGAUUGCACCGUGCAAUCAUUUUUCAAAAAAUUGUAGUGCCAUUAUUUUUGAUGCUAUAUGAAAAAACUUAUUUUUUAUACAUUUACGUUAGUCUAUACUAAACAUUUGAAUCAAAUUUGUUACCUAAAAUAAGGUAAGUAAUGAGCUUGGCAAAAAUUAAAAGAUUUUGCACCGUGCAAUAAAAUUAAUUGAUUGCACAGUGCAAAAAAAUAAUAAAAAGCGUUUUUAAAGUGGCAAGAACUUUCUUUACAAACCAAAAAAUGGCAAGAACUUUCUUUACAAGACUUAAAAUCGCAAGAACUUUCUUUACAAAACAAAAAAUGGCAAGAACUUUCUUUACAGAAUAAAAAUGGCAAGAACUUUCUUUCCAGCUUAAUUUAUUCUAAUUUUAGGCAGAACGAUUGUUUCAAAUUUGUGACACAGACGAUAAAGGCUUUAUCGUGAGAGCAGACUUACCCAAACUAGAUGGUCUAAUAGCAAAUGUCACAUUCAGUCAUCUUGAAGAGUUUUUCAAUGCCAAUGACACCACGAGAACGAGUAUCGUUGGGAAACAGGAUUUUAUUCGAGGAAUUAGUAAGUUUUUGAAGAUUUUAUUUUGUUUUUGAUGUUUAGGCAAUACUUUAGAGAGUUUUACUUUGGGCACUUUGAGAAUUAUACAUAUUUUUUAAAAUAGCACUUAAACUAUGUUUUUUAUUAAAAUUGUUACCUAAACUACCAUUUUUUCAAAAAAUGUUACCUAAGAUACUAUUUUUUUCGUUAAAAACUAUUUAUUUAAAACACUAUGUUCUUAUAAGUGUGACCUAAACUACUAUAUUCUGCCAAAAUUAUUGUUAAAAAUAGCAAAUUUUUAAAAUUUGUUACCUAAAAUAAUAUUUUUCUUCAAAAAUGAUGCCUAAACUUCUUUAAAAAUUGUUACCUAAAAUACUAUUUUCAAUAAGUUCUAUAAAGAUUCUUACCUAAACUACCAUUUUUUUCAAUUCCAGAACCCCUCCUAAUCAACAGUCGCCGUGACAUAACCCAUGAAGACCUGAUCCGCCCUCGCAAAUGUCUUCAAGAGCUGCCCAUGGAGAACUUCAGGACCAUUUCACUCGAAUCCGAGCCAUUUCAGAAGAAGUUCAGUUCGGUGCCGACGCGAAGUAAACUCAGUAUUGCGAUCAGUACGCCGACGGAUCAUCAGAGUACGUCGCGAGGUCUGGCCAAGAGCUCGAUUACACCGAGCGUGUCUUCGUCCAACUUCGCACCAUAUGUACAUAUACAGGAGAGUAAACGACCACAAAGUGCGGUCGAUUAUAAUGAUGAGACGCCUGAGGGCAGGAAUCACAUGGAGGUGAGUUGGGGUGUUGAGGGAUAGCAAGAACUUUCUUUACAAAACAUAAAAUGGCAAAAACUUUCUUUACAAAACUAAAAAUGGCAAGAACUUUCUUCGCAAAACACAAAAUAGCAAGAACUUUCUUUACAAAACAAAAAAUGGCAAGAACUUUCUUUACCAAACGUAAAACGGCAAGAACUUUUUUUACAAAGCCAAUAAUGGCGAGAACUUUCUUUACAAAUCAAAAAAUGGCAAAAACGUUCUUUACAAAGUAAGAAAUGGCAAGACCUUUCUUUACAAAGAUCAAAAUUUCAAAAAUUUUGCUUUUUUCUAUUCGUGAGUAAUGAUUGAAGUUUGAUUUUUAGUUCUCCGAGAUGCUACGCCACUCCUCUAACAGCAAUCCGGACCUUGUUGGGCGGACGACGCUGGCUGAUGUAAGCUUUUCUUUACAUUACAUGCCCUAGUAGGGUCACGGUAUGGAAGUUGAGAUGCUGUAGUUAUAAGAUGCUUGGUUACAGUAGUUCUAAGAGGAUGGGUUACUGUAGUUAGUAGAGGUCGGGUUGCGGUAUGUACAGGAGCGAUGGCUAUGGUAGGUACAAGAAGCGUAGUUAUUAGAAGUGGGGUUUUUUAUAUUUACUUUAUUCUACUCUAUCCUACCCUAAACUAGCAGAGCACAACUCUUUUUUUCACUUAUCGUAAUCUACUUUACCUUACCUUACUGUAACUUGUCCUACCGUACUCUACCGUACCUAACCUACCCUACCAUACCGUAUCAUACCCUACCGUAUCCUACCCGGUCUUAGCCAACUUAUUUUGCGUACUGUUUCAGGAACUGCGGUCGCCAGAUCGAAUAUACAAAGUUGUUUUCGUUGGAGACUCGGCUGUCGGAAAAACGUGCUUUCUACACAGGUAGUGGAGUUUUACUUUGCAUGUAUUAGUCAGGGAUACCUAAAACAAAUCUUGUAUAUUUUGAAAUUUUAGAUUUUGUCACAACCGCUUCAAAGCCUUAUUUAACGCUACGAUUGGAGUUGAUUUCACGGUGAAGAACGUUAAAGUAAAUGAACGGGUAGUUGCCAUACAGCUAUGGGACACAGCUGGUCAGGAACGGUAAGAAAUUGCGUUUAUCAACCGCUACCUUGCCUACCUCUUCCUAUCCUUUGCCUUGCUUUACAAUACACUAUUCUUAAGGCAGAGUAGGGUACGGUAGGACCAGAGAUUAGUCUAAAGCAGGGUAUUUUAGGCAAGGGUAGGUUAAGGGACGCUGGGGUAAAGGUAAAGCAGCUUUGAGCAAAAAAAGGUAAAGUAGAGUAGGUUAGGUAGGGUAGGGUAGGGUAGGGUAGGUAGGGUAGGGUAGGGUAGGGUAGGGUAGGGUAGGGUAGGGUAGGGUAGGGUAGCAGGGUAGGGUAGGGUAGGGUAGGGUAGGGUAGGGUAGGGUAGGGUAGGGUAGGGUAGGGUAGGGUAGGGUAUGUACUGUUCUAUUAUGUUCUAAACUACAGUACCGUAUACCAUUCACUACAUAAACUACAGUAAUUUUAGUUACAGAUUCCGCAGCAUAACCAAACAGUAUUUUCGGAAAGCCGACGCCGUAGUAUUACUGUAUGACAUCACAUCGGAACAGUCGUUUCUGAACAUUCGUAAUUGGAUUAGUUCUGUCCAGAAUGGGGUAGAUGAGGAGUGCGCAAUGAUAUUAGUGGGCAACAAGAUAGAUUUGUGUCCGACUGAAGAAAGCCGAGCUGUCGGGUAUAAGGAUGCCAAAGCUAUUGCUAAUGUAAGUUUUUUUUUAUCCCAGAGCCCUAGUCCAGAGCCUUAGUCCAUAGCCUUAGUCUUAGCGUUAGCUUUAGUCCUAGCCUUAGCUCUAGCUGUAGUUUGAGCCCUGGCUGCAGCCUAGCUUGGUAUUGCCUUGGCACGUCUUGGUCAGUCUUUACCAACUCUGUUUUACCUGUCUGGCUAUUGUCAACUUAACAUGCUGCACUUAUAUCUACUCUACCUUACUUUUUCUUGUUUUGUCCUAACCAGCAUCUUCUUCACCCUUAUCCUGCCUUACUUACUCUACUAAACUAUUAUAUUCUUCUUCUACGUUCGGUUCUUUCUUUUUUAGAUAUUAAAGCCCCUAUCUUCUGACCAUGUUUUACACUUGCAUAUAACUUUUCAGGAAUUCAACAUGGUAUACUUCGAAACAAGCGCGUACACGGGUCUAGGUAUCAACGAAUGCAUGAGGGCUGUAGCAUUGUAAGCAUCUAAUUUUUAUACUACUAUUAUAUUAAUUUACAUAACUGAUCUAUAUAUACAAUAUUUAUGCCUAUAAUACUUACUGUAUUGUUUAAAAACUCACUUAGUCCUUGUUCUAUACUAUUGAAGACUAUGCUAUUGAUUUUUAGAAAACUGCUUCAAAGAGACGAGGAAAACCUUGAAGAGUCCCUGAGGCUAGAAAUCGAAGAAGAUGCGCCUCGAUCCAGUUGGUGUUGUGUUUGA